UCGUCUCGGCUCAGGGGACACCGAUCGUGACUGAAGGAGAUUGCCAAAAACCAGGAUUGAGAAAUACACUGUUUUCUAUGACUUUUUACAGACUCCUUUCAGGUAGGCGGAGGCGAGUAUCUCUUCCUAGCCCUCAAAGGAUGAAUUCGACAAAAAAGACUUGCCCAGUCUCCGCUCAUCCAUUGGGCAACCCGACGGUCAACAUGUGUCUCUGGACGCUGCUCAGCGUCGUGUCGCUCACGCUGCCCUGUGGCUCUGAGGGACAGUUUGACACCCCGAGAAGCCGACCAAAACCGAAGGUCCCAGUUCGUUCUUCACCGAGGUUCACUCUGCUGGCUCCGGACCUGCUGAGGGCCGACAGCCAGGAGAACAUCUACCUUCAGGCCGACGGGGCCCCCGGCCCCUUCACGGCCUCCAUCUCCAUCCUGGACUUCAGUAAGACCACCUCGCUCUUCAGGGACUCGGUCUCACUCGGCCCGGACAAUGGAUUCCACGCUCUCAAGGCGAUACAGCUCCCCUCGGAUCGUUUGAGCCGCGAAGAGGAAAGGAACAAGUUUGUGUACCUGAAGGUGGACUUCGGGGGCUUCCACUCCGAGGAGAGGGUUCUGAUGGUGUCCUUUCACUCCGGAUACAUCUUCAUCCAGACCGACAAACCCAUCUACAACCCCGGAGACACCGUCUUCGCAUCUUCUGUGUCCUUCAAGGCUAUGAACAGCUCCGUCACAAUAGAUAUCAAGAAUACAGACGGCAUGGUGGUUAAACGGAUCUCCAGGAUCAGACCUGCUGGUGGGGUUUUUGCCGAUACUCUUCAUCUGCCUGAAUUUGUCAAUGAUGGAAAAUGGACGGUGACUGCAAAGUUUGACCAUCGACAGAAGAACACGUUCACCUCUCAGUUUCAGGUGAAAAAAUAUGUGCCUUCUGCCUUUAACGUCAUCCUGACGCCGAGGAAGUCCUUCCUCAACCUGGAGGACAGCCAGCUGGAGGUGGAGGUCUCGGCCAGGUACCUGGAUGGGGAGCCGGUUCAGGGGACGGCCUACGUGGUGUUUGGGGUGAAGAUCAACCAGGAGAUGAGAAGGUUUCCUUCAUUGAAACAGGUGUCGAAUCUGGAUGGAGGUGUUGUCAGUCUGAGCAUGGAGGAGAUCAAGAGAACUUACCCCAAUGUCUGGUCUCUGGUGGGGAAGUCUCUUUAUGUGAAGGCCUCUGUGCUCACCCAGUCAGGCAGCGACCUGGUGGAAGCAGAGAAGACGGGCAUUAAAAUAGUGGAGUCUCCGUACGUGGUCUCCUUCAAAGACAUACCCAAGUACUUCAAGCCGGGCCUCCCCUUGGACUUCACAAUCCAGGUGAGCCACCAUGACGGCGCCGCGGCCCGAAACGUUCGGGUCACCGUGAAGCUGCUGAACACGGCCGUGGUCGUCUCCGCCGGCGGCAACGGCAGAAUGACCAUCAACAUGCCGGCUGACCGACGCCCACAAACCAUCACGGCUGAGACCAUGCAGGCCGACCUGAGCCCGGAGCAGCAGGCCCAUCAGCAGGUCACCGUCCAGCCGUACGCCCCCUUCAAGCGGCACCAGCAGAACUACCUGUACAUCUCCACGGCAACCAACGCGGUGUCCUUAGGAGACUGGCUGUCUCUGAAGCUGAGCAUCGCUCCUUCAGACCCGACGCACAGAGAGUUCAUCAGACACAUCACCUACCUGGUGCUGAGUAAAAGCAAAAUCGUUGUUGCCGAGCGCGUGGAUGUGACGGGUCAGCUGGUCACCGCCGUCGGGCUGACGGUCACCCCAGAGAUGAUGCCAUCGUUCCGCUUCGUGGCGUUCUACGGGAUUCCCUGGGAGGGGCGGGAGGAGGUGGUGUCGGACUCCAUCUGGGUGGAUGUGGCAGAUUCCUGCAUUGGAGGGCUGACAGUCGGGCCGGUGGACGGCGUUCCUCGAGACUACGCGCCCGGGAAGAGCUUUAGUUUUCAGGUCCGAGGUGACCCGGGGGCAAAGGUCAGCCUGGUGGCUGUGGACAACGCCGUGUAUCUGCUCAACAGGGACAGACUUACCCAGAGGAAGAUUUGGGGCGCGGUGGAGCACGGAGACAUCGGCUGCACCCGAGGGGGGGGCGGCGACGCCCGGUCAGUGUUCUCAGACGCUGGACUGCUCUACGCCUCCAGCGCCGGCUUCCAAACCCAAACCAGACAAGCCCUGAAGUGUCCACGCAGUCCCAGAACCAGGCGCUCUGCAGACCUACUGCAGCGUAAAGCCCAGCUGGAGAGUCAUUUCAAGAAGAAGCUGCAGCAGCGCUGCUGUAAGGACGGCCUCAGGGAGAUCCCCAUGCCGUACUCCUGCACGCGACGCUCCCUCUACAUCGCGGAGGGCUGGGAGUGCAUCAAGGCCUUCCGCUACUGCUGCGCCACCUUCAGGAACCAGGCGUUUGACACGGAGAUUCCCACCACGCCGCCACGCUGGUCCACAGCUGCCCCCACCACCACCUCCGCUCCAGCCACUGAUCCAUCUCAUCCUUUUGAUCGAGUGGAUGGGUCUGCGAGAGAGGGAAUAAUAGACCUAUCCAGAGAUACAUCUUAUUGGGGACGUGAACAGGGGUUAGCUAGACCUCAAGGUCUGCCUGGAUUGCCUGAUCGGUUUGGAGUUCCCAGACCGCCUGGACCUGAAAUGCACGUGACCUAUUCAAAUGCUGACAGCAUGCCAGAAGAAGAAGAAGAAGAGGACGUGGAGGAGGAGGAGGAGGAGGAGGAGGAAGAGGAGUAUCGCAAGUAUCUGGAUGAGACUCAAGAGUAUCUGCGAUCCAAGUUGUACGAGUCUUGGCUGUGGACGGACGUCAACCUGACCGACCAGGCGGACCGAGACGGGCUGGCGUUGAAGAACGUGGACCAUCCCUUACCCGACAGCAUCACAGAGUGGAGACUUCUGGCCGUCAGCGCAUCACCUCACACGGGCUUCUGUGUCGCGGAGCCGUACAACGUCAGAGCCUGGAGGCGCUUCUUCGUGGACCUGAAGCUGCCGUAUUCAGUGGCGAGGAACGAACAGGUCCAGAUUAAAGCCGUGGUGCAUAACUACGGCAACGACGACCUGCAUGUGAGUGUUGUGCUGAUGAAGACAGAAGGCAUGUGCAGCAUCGCCUUCAAGGACAAUCACACGCAGGAAGUCAGGGUGCCGGCCGGCUCUUCCGUCACGGUGCCGUACACCAUCGUGCCGUACACCAUCGUGCCGCUGGUGGUGGGGAAACUUCCUCUGGAGGUGAUGGUGGUCAGCAGAGGUAUGGGAGGAGACCGCAUCCAGAAACAUCUCCGGGUGGUGCUGGAUGGAGUGCAGAAAACUAAAGUUUGGAGUAUGGAGUUGAACCCGUCUGCUGAGGGAGGAACACAAACUGUUUUUGUUGGCAAAACCGAACUGGAGUCAGUUGUGUCACACUCUGUGCCAGAGACAUUUGUCAGUGUCCUGGGCAACGUGUUGGCGGACAGCAUUGAUAACUCCCUCAGUGAGGACUCCCUGGCCUCCCUGAUCCGGAUGCCCGGCGGCUGUGUGGAGCAGAACUUGGCGAGCAUCUCUCUGCCGCUCAUCGCCACGCUCUACCUGGAGCGAACCAACAACUGGGAGAGUGUAGGUGUGGAGCGCAAGGCUGAAGCUCUCCGCUACAUCAAGAGAGGCUAUGAGAACCAGCUGGCAUACAGAAUGAAUGAUGGCUCCUACCCCCCCUACAGGAGGGAAGGCGCAAGUACAUGGAUCACGGCGUACGUGGUGAAAGUCUUCUCCAUGGCUUACUCCAUCAUCGGCAUCGAUGAGCAGCACGUGUGUGAGCCUCUGAUCUACCUCGUGACGAAGAAACACGAGCUUCACAGGGGCAACUUUGUGGAGAGCAAUCCGGUUUACAGCACGAGGUUGAAUAUUGGCGGUCUCCGUGGUGACGACCCCGAGACGACCCUGACGGCCUUCGUCCUCAUCGCGCUCGCUGAGGCCAAGCGGGCCGGGAUCGGCUGCACCGGUCCAGAUGUAGAGGAAGUUCUCCGUAAGACGGCUGAAUACCUGAAGCGAGCGCUGGUGGCGGCGGGGAGGAGGCCGUACACCGUGGCCAUCGCCUCCUACGCGCUGGCUCUGCUGGGGGGGGGUCAACGCUACGACCCCACGCCACCUUUACUCCGAGCUGCAGCUCCAGGUGGCAGCCACUGGCCCGACACCCAGAACCCCUUGUUCAGCUUGGAGGCCACGGGCUACGCCCUGCUGGCUCUGGUCAAGUUGGGGCGCCUGGAGGAAGCUGCAGCGCCGUUUAAAUGGCUGAACAGCCAGCGGAGGCGGGGGGGCGGCUUCGGCUCCACUCAGUCCACCGUGGUGGUGCUCCAGGCGCUGUCGGAGUACCUCAUUCACAAACCUCCACCUGAUGACCUCAGUCUUUACGUUGCCGUGACGAUGGAAGAACGCCAGCUCAAACGCUACCAUCUCAACCCCCGCUCGGCCUACUUCGUCCGCUCCUCCAGGUUGCCUGCUAACGAUGAUUUUGAAGUCGAGGCUCGAGGGAUCGGAAAGGGAAUACUGGAGGUGGUGACCAAUUACAACCAACUUCACGAGGUGGAUGAGAAAACGCCGUGCAAGGACUUUGAGCUCAACGUCACGAUUGAAGAAUCCAGCGACAAACCUCCACCUGACGUCGUAAAGUCCUACCAGAUCACCAUCAACGUGAGGGCUUUAGGACCCAGAGAGGUCCGGGUGGUGGUUCUGGACAUCAGUCUGCCCACCGGCUUCACCGCAGAACACUCCGACCUGGAGAAGCUGUCAAACUCCGUGGACAGUUACAUCAGUAACUUCCAGACAGUUGAUAACCUGAGUGACCGAGGCUCUCUGAUCCUCCACCUGUUCAAGGUGUCUCACAAAGAGCCCGAGAUCCUGAUCUUCAGGCUGCAGCAGAGCUUCAAAGUCGGCCUCCUCCAGCCGUCCUCGGUCACUGUCUACGAGUAUUACAACCCAGAUCACCGCUGCAGUCACAGCUACUCUCCCAAAGAGGACCAAGAGGAGCUCACUCAGAUCUGCAGGGACAACGUCUGCCGCUGCACGCAGGGUGAAGGCUCUCCUGCGUCCGCAGCAAUGCUUUAGUCCACA